GCAUAACCAAAGGCGCUAUUUUUGGCCUAAAAGCGCCCUUGGGCUAACCCUCCUCUCUCUCUCACACACACAACAGCUGACCCUGUCCCCUGCGGCCCUCAUCCCGACGCCGCGGCUCCGGGGGCUCCCGAUCGAGGCCCGGAUCGCUGGAAUCCGUGCGGCGCCGAGGUCGCGUGGGGUGCGAAUUGGAAGCAGCGAGCUGUACUUCCGGACCCGAAAAGCGGGCAGUUCCGGGGCAAUCGCCUUUGGGUGGACUGUGUGAGGGAGAAAGGGAAGAGCGGAAAGGUUGCCGGAGCUCAGGCUUUGGUUAUCUGAGAAUGAUGGAAGCGGGCAAGUUCCCCGGGAUAAUUGGUGCCGUAAGCGGCCAGGACGGUGGCGUCAACUUCUGCGACAUGGCAUACUACCAGAAGCUAGGGGAGGGCUCCACCAUGUCCAUUGAUAGCCUUAACAGCAUGCAGACCAGCAUGCACGGUGGUUCCAUAAUGUCUGUGGACAACAGUAGUGUUGGUUCUACUGACUCGCGUACUGGGAUGCUUAACCAUCCUAGCCACAGGGGAGCUGUUGCUGUGGUCAGCUACUCGGUUGGGAACAGCAUUUUCCGUCCUGGGCGGGUGUCUCAUGCCUUGAGUGAUGAUGCGUUGGCACAGGCUUUGAUGGACACUAGAUUCCCGACUGAGACACUCAAGGAUUAUGAGGAGUGGACCAUUGAUUUGGGGAAGCUCCACAUGGGAUUGCCCUUUGCACAAGGCGCAUUUGGGAAGCUAUACAGGGGGACCUACAAUGGGAUGGAUGUUGCCAUUAAGCUUUUGGAGAGGCCCGAGGCUGACCCCGCACAAGCUCAGCUGCUGGAGCAACAGUUUGUGCAAGAAGUUAUGAUGCUUGCAGAAUUAAGGCAUCCAAAUAUAGUCAAGUUCGUUGGCGCAUGCAGGAAGCCAAUAGUUUGGUGCAUUGUCACAGGGUAUGCAAAGGGUGGAUCUGUUAGGAAUUUCCUGAAUAGGAGGCAGAACAGGUCCGUUCCACUGAAGCUGGCAGUGAAGCAGGCACUAGAUGUUGCACGUGGCAUGGCUUAUGUUCAUGGCCUUGGGUUCAUCCACAGAGAUCUUAAGUCAGAUAACCUCUUGAUUUCUGGUGAUAAAUCGAUCAAGAUCGCUGACUUCGGAGUUGCUAGGAUUGAAGUGAAGACCGAGGGGAUGACACCUGAAACAGGAACAUACCGUUGGAUGGCUCCUGAGAUGAUCCAGCACAGACCAUACAAUCAGAAAGUUGAUGUCUACAGUUUUGGCAUUGUCCUGUGGGAGCUAAUAACCGGGACCCUUCCUUUUCCAAACAUGACAGCAGUGCAAGCUGCAUUUGCUGUGGUGAACAAGGGUGUCCGCCCAGCCAUACCCCAUGACUGCCUACCUGCCCUUGGGGAGAUCAUGACAAGGUGCUGGGAUGCAAACCCCGAUGUCCGCCCCCCUUUUACCGAUGUUGUGAGAAUGCUGGAGCGUGUGGAGAUGGAGGUCCUGAAAAAUGUCCGCAAGGCCAGAUUCCGGUGUUGCAUCUCCCAACCCAUGACCUUAGACUAAAGCAGGCAGAAUCCAGGAGAAGAGAAAGCAAUCUGGAGAGAAGUUAAAUCCCAUGUAUUUAUCAUAUUAAUACUUUUGGUACAGAAGCGGAAAAGCCCACCUGAGCAUACGUGUGUGCUCGGGCUUCACAUAUUUAUCUUAGACCAUACCAUAGUCCCUGUCGUCGUCUUAAAACUGUCAUUGUACUGGAGACAGGUUUAUCCUUAACAUUGUCAGAACAUUGUCAUGCGGUUU